AUGCCGACUACGAUGUCAACUGGGAAAGAUGGUCCCAAAGUCCAAGUUCCGUUGGCCACCAAGCCUCGCGCAGAGAACAUGAGCCACGGUGUGGUUAAUUUACCCUCCAUGCCAGUGCCUCCUUCCCCCAAGACCGUUCCUUCCUUGGUAACCAUAUGCAUCAUCCCCAUAGCCUUGACUCCGCAGUUGAACGCCGGCAAACGCACGACUACUGUGGCCGAAGUUGGUGUCUCCUUUGGCUUCGACAUAUACGACAGCAUCACAACAUACCUCGAUGCCAUCAAAUGCCGCAGUGAGGAGCUCGCUUCUGUCAGAGAAAAGAACAAAGCUCUCAAGGACCUCCUCACCGGACGUCUCACCGGAAUCAACUAG